AGAAAGUAUUGAUCUCCACUCCCAUCCAAAACUGCAUUUGAAUUUGAACAAAAAAAUUCUAAAAUUAGCCAUAUUACUAGACUCGAUCAUCGGAAUUGAUGUUAUAAUGAUAGUGAACCUCGUUUUUCUAGGCGUUUGUAGCCUGGCUACUGGAAAGGAAGCUAAUGUACUGAUGACUGAGGUUUUUGCAAUUCCACUGGAUCCAGGAAUGUUCAAUUGGACAUUCGAAGGAGUUGAACACCAGUUCGUGUAUCAGGCAUCUCUACUGAGUGCUCCAGAUUUACCAUCUUGGAUUAGUUAUGUAUAUAGUGACCAACAUCACUCUGGUUUCUUGUAUGGGGUCCCACCUCAAAGAAAUCAGGCAGAAAUACCUCUAGAAGUGAUAGCAUUGAAUAAAAACAACUAUGAAACGCGAGUAGAGAAUUUGAAUAUCAUAAUUUCCGAAAAAUUGAAUCCUGCCAGGUUUGAGGUCCAUAUCAAAAUAAAUAACCUGAAUGUUGAAGAUAUGUUUGAUGUGGAAAGAAUGGAGGCUCUGAAAGAUGUAUUUCGAAAGCAAUUAUGGAAGGAUAGUGAGGAUGACUUGUAUGUUACAUUCCUGAGUUCUGCUCUUGAAUUGGGAGCUAGGAAGCCUCUGGAUCCCACAGAUGGAGAAGGUGUGGUAAUACGACUUGGUAGCGAAUCAGCCUUCUCAGAUGAACUGAUUAAACUCCAAAAUGAAAUCAAACCUCUAUGGAAAGUGCCAUCUUGUCCUAGGGAAUUCAAAAGAACGUCUGUUGAGAGACAUUUUCGAGAUGCUGGUUUUGCAUUGGAUUGGUGUUCUUUCAGAUUGGUCGACAAAAAUGCCGCAAUGCUCAUCCAUACUAACGAACAUUUACUGAGUACUAUUGGAAAUCACGCCCAUGAUGAAAUUGAACAUUGGCAACCUGUAUCAAAAUGGGAACUACCAAAGCGAAGUUACAAAGAUGAGCUAUUAGUAUCAGUAUUAGUUCCAGUACUUAUUUUGAUAGUCUUGGGGCUGGUUCUCUCUUUCUUAUUGUGCUUUCAUCAUGAGGGAAUAGAAGAUGAGGAGAGUGAAGACUAUUUCCAAAACCUGUUUCAUAUUUGUACUGAUUGUUAUUAUGAUCAUUACAUCUACAAAAGAGCAAAACAUAUUGAUGACAUAUCGCAGGAAAUGACCCAAGCGGAGGCUCUCCAAAGGGCAAAUGAAACUCUUCGCAAUUUCUCUAUCAACAGAGAAUCAAACGCCUCACCAGACCCCCAUAGCCAUACUGCCAGUCCCAGUUCAACUGUUGGUCAUGGUGUACACUGCAGACCUAGCCCUCCACCAUAUGUUAGACCGAAAUUCAAACCAGAAAUAUUGUGACAGGAGGAAAAAUAUGUGGAUGAGCUGAAAGAGAAUGGUGUCAAAGAAAAGGGGCAAGCUGAGAACAGGGACGCUGAAAAAACAUGGUAUUGCUAGACUUGUAGUUGGCCGUAGAUGUGAGUAUGUAGGUCAAAUGUAUCUUGUAAAUUCAGUUGUCAAGAAGUCUAGAAUCUCCGUAUAUGUCAAAAUGAUUGGCUACAGCUGCUAAUUGUCAAUAAUAUACGCGCUUAGAUUGAAAUUAUAUGCAAGAAAACAAAAUAGUGUAUACUAAUGUCAAUGAAGAAAUAUAAUAUGUGUGUACUGAGGAACGAUGAAUUAUGCGAAUAAAAUUAUUUAAACC